GCUGAGCUCCCCAGGUGUGCCCAGGUGUGCCACACCUCAGCCCAGCUUUCACACUCCGUAGCCCGAGGGACGAUAUUUUUUUCCGCAGCUCUGUGUGUAGCCCUGCUCGGAGCUGCUGGCCCUCAGCUUGGCGUGCCCGUGUCCCUCGGGUGGGGACGGGACGUGGGUGCCACCAACGGCAGCACAACAGGAGGAGAGACCUGGAGUCACCUGGCACCUCUCUGCAGGUGAGGCAGCGCGCGUUAAAAGCCUGCGAGGAGCGGCCGGCGCUCAGAGGCUCUGGCGGCUGCCGGGGGACGCGGGGACACCGCAGGGGACACAGGGGACAGGGCAGUCUCGCUGCAGACUCCUCCCAGCUGUGCCCGGGGCCGAAUGGAGCCUGGCUGCCAGCUGUGGCCAUGGGCAGCGCUCGUCCUGCUGGCUGCCCCGUGGCUCCUGGCAGCACAGAGAUCCUGUUCCCAGGGAGCCUGCUACCCUGCCCCCGGGGACCUGCUGCUGGGACGGGCCCCUCACCUGAGAGCCUCCUCCACCUGCGGCCUCAGCAAGCCCGAGACGUACUGCACCCCCCACGGACAGUGGAGCAUGAAGUGCUGCAGGUGUGACUCGAGGCUGCCCCACAGCUACAGCGGGCACCGCGUGGAGAACGUGCUGUCCUCGGCCGGCCGCGCGCGCUGGUGGCAGUCCCAGAACGGUGUGGAGCGCGUGUCCCUGCAGCUGGACCUGGAGCAGCUGUUCCAGCUGGACAGCGUGGUGCUGCACUUCAGGGCGCCGCCCGCAGCCAUGCUGAUCGAGCGCUCUCUGGACGCUGGCAGGACCUGGCAGGUGCUGCAGUACCUGGCAUCCGACUGUGCCAGCGCCUUCCCCGGCGUGCCCCGUGGCUCCCCUGAGGGCUGGCAGGACCCCCGGUGCCAGGAGCUCAGGGGGCACCCCGUGCAUGGGGGCACGGUGAAAUUCAGUGUCCAAGACCUGGGGUCUACAAUCAGCUCCUCUUACAGCCAGGUCAUCGGGAGGCUGGGGCCCUUCACCAACCUGCGCAUCAACUUCACGGAGCUGCCCCACAUCCCCCGCCAGGGCUACCACUCGCCCAGCACCUUCUACGCCGUGACGGAGCUGCAGGUGCUGGGGAGCUGCUUCUGCCACGGCCACGCCGAGAGCUGCGGCCCUGCGGGGGAGCAGCACGGCACGCAGGUCCCUGGGCACUGCGUGUGCCAGCACAACACGGCGGGGCCGCACUGCGAGCGCUGCGCUGCCCUGUUCAACGCCCGGCCCUGGGCCCCCGCCGAGGACAGCGACCCCCACGCGUGCCAGCGAUGUGACUGCAACGGUCACUCGUCCUCGUGCCACUUUGACCCCGAGCUGUACCAGGCCAGCGGCGGGGCCAGCGGGGGGGUGUGUGACAGCUGCCAGCACAACACCGAGGGCAACAACUGCGAGCGCUGCCAAACCGGCUACUUCCGCAACCCGCGGCGGGAGCUGAGCCACCCCGAGGCCUGUCUGCCCUGUGAGUGUGACCCGGAGGGCACCGUGCCCGGCUCUGUCUGUGACCCGGGGACAGGGCGCUGUGUCUGCAAGGACAACGUGCAGGGUGACCGCUGCCACCUCUGCAAGCCAGGCUUUGCCCAGCUGGCUGGUGCCAACCCCGCUGGGUGCCGCAGGUGCACCUGCAACACCCUGGGGACACGGCAGGACACCGUGCCCUGCGACGGUGACACCGGGAGCUGCUCCUGCCUGCCCAACGUGGUGGGCAGCGACUGCGGGCAGUGCGCGGCCGGGCACUGGGGCCUGGGCAGCGGGCAGGGCUGCCAGCCCUGUGUCUGCCACCCCCGCGGCUCCCGCAGCCCCCAGUGCAACCAGUUCACAGGACAAUGCCCGUGCAGGGAUGGCUUCACAGGACAGACGUGCUCGGCCGUGGGGCAGCAGCAGUGCCCAGCCCGGCACUACAGGGACGCACAGGGAGGGUGCACAGAGUGUGACUGUGACUUCCAGGGCACGGAGGAGGGGGGCUGCGAGCAGGCCACGGGCCGGUGCCUGUGCCGCGCCGGGGUCACCGGGCCGCGCUGUGACCGCUGCCAGCGGGGCCACUGCAGCUCCCAGCCCGGCUGCCAGCCGUGCCACCCCUGCUUCCACACCCUCGACGGGGACAUCGAGCGCCUGCGCCAGCGCCAGGCCGGCCUGGCCAACGCCUCGGCACGGCUGCCCGCGGGCACGGGGGGCUCCCAGCUCGACCCCCGCCUCUCGCGGGCACAGGGCAACCUGCAGCAGGCACUGGGCAUCCUCAGCCACCCCGCUGGCAUGCAGCAGGGCCUGGCCCAGGCGGGCAGCAUGCUCGCUGCCAUCAGGGAGCAGGUCCAAGGCAUAAAUCCCGACCUUCAUUUCCUGGAUGACACUGCCUCUCUGUCGAGGGAGCUGGAAGCCCUCAACAGCAGCUUGUUUGUCACCAGCUCCCAGUACCAGAGCAAGAAGACCCAGUUUGAAACCAGCCGCAGCACGGACCUGUCAGGAGCCUUGCAGACGAUCCGCUCUGCCUACCGCAGCUCCAGCAGCGCCGGCAGCCUGGCCGCGGGAGCCCCGGGGCUGCUGGCCCAGGCCAGAGAGAGCCGCCGCAGCACCGCGGGGCUGCAGGGGGACCUGCGGGGGGACACGGCCCAGCUGCUGGCCCUGAAGGGCGAGCUGGCCUCGGGCCCCGACCUCACCCCUGUCAUCAACCAGGUGUGCGGAGGGGCCCGAGUGGAGCCGUGCACCCCUGCCCGCUGCCAGGGGCUGCUGUGCCCUCGGAACAACAGCUCUGUCUGUGGGGCUGGCCAGCCCUGCCACGGCCUCUUCCCGCUGGCCAGCGGGGCUCUGGCUGCGGCCGGGCGAGCGGCCAAGGAGUUCAGCAGCCUGAGCGCCCGGCUGCGGGACACGGCACAGCUGAUCCAGAGGACAGAGCUGUCGGCGAGUGAGAUCCAGAGCAGCACGCGGCGGCUGGCGGAGCAGCUGGGGCUCAGCAGGGCGCAGCUCCAGGGCGACGUGCGGCGCGCGCGGCAGCUCCUGCAGCGCCUGCGUGCCUUCCUGGCAGACAAGGACACGGAUCCUGCCUCCAUCCAGGAAAUCAGUGAGUCAGUUCUCUCCCUGCGCCUCCCCACGGACGCUGCUGCAGUCCGGAGGAGAAUGAGCGAGAUCCAGAAGCUGGCGGCGGAGCUGCAGUGCCCCGAGGACAUCCUUGCCCAGACGGCCGAGGACAUCGCCAGGGCCAAGAGGCUGCAGCAGGAGGCAGAGCAGGCCAGGAACCGGGCAAACGCCGUGGAGGGCAGCGUGGAGGAGGUGCUGGGGAACCUGCAGCGAGCCAACACGGUGCUGCUGGAGGCCCAGGGGGCCCUCAGGGGCUCGGGCUCCUCACUGCGCUUCAUCCGCGAGCGCGUGGAGGAGAUCGAGGCUGUCCUGGGGCCAGCUGAGAAGAACGUGGUGGCCAUGGGGGCUGGGCUGGCCGGGCUGGCCGGGCGGCUCUCGCAGCUGCAGCGCAGCACGGAGCAGAACCGCCUGCGGGCCGGGGACACACGGGACACAGCGGGGACAGCGGCACAGCAGGCCGGCAAGGCCCAGCAGGCUCUUGCCCAGGUGAAGGAGCUGUACUCGGAGCUGCAGAGCAGGGUGGGGCAGGGCCCGGCGCUGGGCGAGCAGGGCACGAGGGUGCAGAGCAUCGGCCGGGAGGCGCAGGCGCUCUUCCAGGAGACCGUGGGCAUCAUGCUCAGGAUGGAAACUCUAGAGUCAGAAAUUCAGGAAGGGAACAAGGCUCUGGUGUCCAGGAUGUCACGGCUGUCGGGGCUGGAGGAGAGGGCGGGCAGGAUCCGGGACAGCAUCAAGAGGAGAGUCGCCUACUACGAGAGCUGCUCCUGAGCAGCCCAGGGCAUCACUGCCUCCCCUGCACACACCGACUGCUGCACUCAUCCCACUUUCCAGCUGGAGCUCUCCUGUGCCCAAUUCCCUAUUUUUAGCAAGUUAAUUUUCCAUACCUCUGGAAAAUAGCUGCACUGAAGCGAAGGAGCUCCCCCAUGGAGGGGGUUGGACUGGCCAAAGCUGCCCAGUGGUUGGAGGAGAAAGGGGGAGAGACCUCAGGCUCCCGUGCCAAAUAAACACAUCCCAGGUUGUUAUUUCCAGAGGGCUUUAUAAACCAGGAAAUUAUUUUUUCUUCUUUUAGCCAAUUCAAGCUCUCUAAGCUGAAUUUCACUGUUCAAAUUAAAGCCCUCCUGUGGGGUCUUCUAAAGCUU